AUGGCCGUUGUUGGGCUUCUGCUCUCGCCCUGGGCACCGGCCCUCUUGGUGGUGGGCGUCGUCGCAUAUUAUCUCUACCCAUACUUUGUCACACUCGGUCACCUCCGCGAUAUACCAGCUCCGUUCCCGGCACAGUUCACCAACCUGUGGCUGUUGUCCGUCGUCAGGCGCGGCAAAAGAUACAAGACAGUUGAUCAAGUCCACGAGAAGCUGGGCCCAGUCGUCCGGAUCCAGCCCAACCACGUGAGCAUCGCCGAUGAUGAAGCCAUCCAGACCAUAUACGGUCAUGGAAACGGCUUUUUGAAAGCCGACUUUUACGAUGCCUUUGUCUCCAUCCGCCGGGGCCUCUUCAACACUCGAGACCGCCACGAGCACACACGCAAGCGCAAGUUGGUCUCGCACACCUUCUCCGUCAAGUCGAUCAGCCAAUUCGAGCCGUACAUGCACGGGAACCUGGCUCUCUUUGUCCAGAAAUGGGACGAGCUCGUCAAGAACAACCCCGCCGGCGCCACCAUCGAUUGUCUGAAAUGGUUCAACUACCUGGCAUUCGACAUCAUUGGCGACCUCGCCUUCGGCGCACCCUUCGGCAUGCUCAAGGUCGGCGCUGACAUAGCCGAGGUCCGCGAGUCGCCAACAAGCCCGCCCAUCUACGCGUCCGCCAUCGAGAUUCUGAACCGCAGAGGCGAGGUCUCGGCGACGUUGGGGAUCCUGCCAGAACUGAAGCCCUGGGCAAAGUACCUCCCGGAUCCCUUCUUCAGCCAGGGUUUGGAGGCUGUGCAGAACCUUGCCGGCAUGGCUAUCGCUCGCGUCAAGUCCAGGCUGGACAACCCUCCCGACAUUGACCGUCUGGAUCUGCUCGCGCGCCUGAUGGAGGGACGCGACGACAAGGGAGAGCCACUCGGCAGAGAGGAACUGACGGCGGAGGCGUUGACCCAGUUGAUCGCCGGCAGUGACACGACGUCCAACUCGUCGUGCGCGCUGCUGUACCACGUCGCGCGAACCCCCGGCGUGCUCGAGAAGCUGCAAAAGGAGCUCGACGGAGCCAUCCCUGCCACCUGCGACGUCCCGACCUAUGACAUGGUCAAGGACCUGCCCUAUCUCGCCAUGACCAUUAACGAGGCCCUCCGCUACCACUCCACCUCCGGCAUCGGUCUCCCACGUGAGAUCCCGCCCGAAUCGCCCGGAGAGAUCUGGGGCCCCGAUGCGCACGAGUUCCGUCCAGAGCGAUGGGAGUCGGUGACGGCGAGGCAGAAGAACGCCUUUAUUCCGUUCAGCACGGGGCCUAGGGCCUGCGUGGGCAGGAACGUGGCGGAGAUGGAGAUGAAGUUAAUUGUGUCGACGUGGGCGAGAAGAUACCGCGUCGAGCUGAGACAGGAUUACAUGGAAACGAGUGAGGGGUUCUUGAGGAAGCCCCUGGGGUUGAACAUUAAUAUUAAGAGACGGUAA